GUUUGUUCAGUCGCCUGUUCAACGUUGUUGAAGCUGCAUCUCAUCUCGGAUAUUUUAAAAAAGAAAUAAUUUGCUUGUUUUCUUUUUUGUCUAUAAAAAAAGAGCAAUUUAACACCAAAAAAAGAGUUAAUUUAACGAUCCUGUAGUAAAACUUAAAGAAAUUGAAGCAAAAAAAACGCUUUUUUAAAGCAAGUUGCUGUGAGUGAGUGUGUGUUGAAAAAAAGCCGGUCAUUGUCCUGUUCUCAUUUUAUUUGCCGGAAAUAUUUCUUAUCUUUUGCAAAAAACCAUUUUUCUGGUAUAUAGGAGAAAUUUUUAAACUUCGGCAACCAGUCUGUCAGUAAAAAGAAAAAAAAAAGACAGUAAAGUUUUUAACUUCGUAAAAAACUGUGUGUGUGCAGCUACAAACAGCAAAAGCCAACGAAGUCGCCGACAACGAUAAGCAAACUUGCAGGAAAAGCGACAACAGCAACAACAACUUUGACAGCCAGCGACGUAAUUGUCUCUACACCAAAAACCUUUAAAAUAUUAAAAAAAAGAAAAAAUUUUCAAUUUUUUCCUUAAAAAUCUAUAAAAUUUCUGUUUUUCUUAAUAAAAAACCCUACAGUUAACCCUUUUUAACAACAAGAAAAGAAAAAAACAUGGUAACCAUGGAAAAUGCCGAAGAAGUUAUGCAAAUUUUGGAUCGUUUUACUCGUCUCAAGCAAAAAGAAAUACCAAAGGAAUUGGAUGAAUACUUGGGCUAUGUGGCCAAGACUGGUGAUACCGUUUUUAAAUGGGCCUCUUUGAAAUAUCUUUUUAGAGAGAAACUUUUAAAUGUUAUAAAAAAUUUUCAUGAUACCACUCCUCGUAUAGAUGAAAUUCCCCAAUAUCCCAAUGUUGAUCCCUUCAAUUACGAAAGCAUGAAAUCAUCUUUAUUGGAACGUUUAGAACUAUUCAAUGCUGCUCCCUUUACCAUUCAACGUUUGUGUGAACUUUUAAUUGAUCCACGCAAACAAUACAGUCGCAUUGAUAAGUUUAUGCGUGCCUUGGAAAAGAAUAUUCUUGUAGUCAGUACCGUGGAGCCAGGACGUAAAAGAACUGAAUCAGAAAAUGGUGAUUCCUUGGAUUCUGUGGUCAAUGGUGAUCUAUCAUUGGAUGUCAAUGUAGACAUUGAUAUGGAAGCUGAUGGUUUAUUUAAUAAUGCCGAAAAUACCAAUGGCAAUGGUACGGCCAGCAAGGCCGAAGUGGAAGCAGCUAAAGAGGAGAGUAGCAGUAAUAAAGCGGAAGAAAAGACCGCCACUAAAAAUACUCAUGCCAAUGAUGAUGAUAAUUUGCCAAAUCCUAAAAAAGCUAAAUUAGAUUUGCCGGAAGAGGAAAAACAAAAGGAAGAGGAACAGGAGGCGGCCGUAGAAAGCAAAAAAGAAAAGGAAAGUGAAGAGAAGUUGGUAGAGAAGGAAGAAAAGAAGGAGCUGGUAGCAAAGGAAGAAAAAUCGGAAAAGGAAGAGGAAAAGAAAAUGGAAUGUGAAGAGGAAAAGGUGGAAGAAAAGAAGGUAGAAGAUGUUAAGGUGGCAGAGGCUGGCAAAGCGGAAUUAAAUAAGCCAGAGGAAAAGAAAGAAGCUUUAGAAAAGCCUGAAAAAGUAGAAGAUGUAGAAAUGGAAGAAAAGGUGGCCGAAGUAGAGAAAGUAGCGGAGGAAGUUAAAGAAGAAAAGAAAAAGGAGGAAGAGAAGGAAACUGAGAAACCACAAAAAGAAGCAGAAAAACAAGAAGAAAAUGCUAAGGAAGAGCCCAAACAAAAGGAAGUAGAAGCUCCUGCUAAAGAAGAAGAAAAAGAAGCAAUGGAAGUAGAUGGUAAAAGCAAGGAAGAACCAAUUGUAAAACAAAAAGAAGUAGAAGAGAAGAAAGAAGAAGAUAGUAAAGCGGCAGUGGUGGAGAAACAAGAAUUGGAAAAGGGUGAAAAAGAGGAAAAGCUAGAAACAGAAAAAUCUAAAGAAAAGGCUGAAACAAAAGAAGAAAGUGAUAAAGAAAAUCAGGAACAAAAUGAAAUGAAAACAGCAGAGAUAAAAGAAAAACCUAAAGAAAAGGAAGAAGAAAAAGUAGAAGAGAAAAAAGACAUUCCACAAGAAACAGUAAAAGAAACAGCAAAAGAAGAAAAAGUAGAAGAGAAACAGGAGAAGGAGGAAAAACAAACAGAACAAAAAGAAGAAUUAAAAGAAAAAGAAAAGCCCGAAGAAACAAAAUCUAAAGAAGAGGAGAAAACAUUAGAAAAAGAAGAAACUAAAAAGGAAGAAGAAACUAAAAAAGUAGAAGAAACUAAAAAAGAAGAAGAAACUAAGAAGGAAGAAGAAACUAAAAAGGAAGAAGAAACUAAAAAGACUGAUGAAGAAGAAUCUUUAAAAGAACAAACAAAAACUGAACAAGUUAAAGAAAAACAAGAAGAAAAAGAAAACACAACAGAAAAGAAACCAGAGGAUAAGGUAAAAGAAAAAGAAGAAGAAAAGUUAGAUCAAAAAGAAUCGGAAAAAGAAAUAACUGCUGCCACAGAAGUAAAAACAAAAGAAACUGAUGCUGCUGCUGAAGAAACACCGUUAAAGGAAGCUAAAACUGAAGAAACAACAGAUAAAGUAGAAACUGAAGCAGCUAACACCCACUCUGCCACGCCUCCUGCACUCGCACUCAAUGAUCAGCCCAUGGUGGAAGAUGUAGCCAUAGAAGAAGCAACUACUGCGCCUUUAGUGGAGGAAGUAGUAAUGGCUGAACCACCACCACCAGCCCCCACAGAUGCUAAGGAAGCAAAUGUUAACAACUCUAAUGCUACUGCCAUGGCCACUGAUGAUACAACUACAGCCACCAAUACCAGCACUAAUCCCAAACCCGAAGAAGAACCUUCUGGCAUGGAAGUCGAUGAUACCAGUCAAGAAGCCAUGGAUCAGUAAAUUUCAACAAUAUUUUUCAAUAUUAUUUCAUUUAAACAAGAAAAACUCUCUUAACAUUUAAGCAAAACUAAGGAAAACGCUUUAAGCGUUUUCUAUAUAACACGAUUCAAAAAGAAUGAUUAUAAAAAAAUCCUUAAAAAAAAACAUUAAAAUUAUAAAAAAAACAACAACAACACAAAAUCUAAAAAAUA